AUGUCCUUUUUCUCCAAGAUUGUGAAGACAUCAACUGAUGCAAUUAGGUUCUUCCACUCACUUGCCCUAGGCACGCCCGUCAGCACGCCCAUCAAUGACGAUAUCUUACAACCUGGAGGGACUUCUGACAAGGCAGCCCCUGCCCACCGCCUGCAGAGGAAGCGCAGGGCCAGCUUUCAUGAUGGUGAUCAAACCCCGAAACAGAUGAAGCUCAAGCAGGAACUUAAACAUACAAGCAAGAGCCCUUCCAAAAGCCCUUCUCAACGACCCAAGCUCAACAGGACGAGCCCCCCAAAGCAACAGAACAAUGAGUUCCUUCUCAGCGAUGGAGUCCUUCGUCUGGUGUGCACUCAGCUGCCGGCCCAAACUCAUUCUAGCGGCAAGGAGACGCUGAAUGGUGCUGUGGACUUUGACGGCGGCGUGAAGUAUGUCACCGAGGCGCAAUUUGGCAAUACUACCUCGCACUUUGGGAGACGGGAGAUCAGCCUACACAUUGUCAGGUUGACAUUACAGUUGAUGAUCCUGCCGGGGAUGACACCCAUAGGGCAACAGGUGGAGUUCAUUGUACCCAAGUGCAUCAGUUUGAUGCCUUUGAGAGAACUCAUUGAUGAGAUGUUUCCAAGAGGCAUCUCCUCUAAAGGUACUGGUAACCCACAGUGGGCUCAGCAAAACGAGGAGCUUGUGCACCUCUGCUACAGAGAAUAUAAGUCAAUGGAACCCAAGUGA